AUGUCGCCCCUAUCGCCCACCCCUUACACUUCUCGUGCGUCGCUACUCCCUCUUCAGUUUGAGCUCUCGCCCCUUUCGGAGUUGUGCUCAGGAGAUCGAGUACCACUGCCUCUCGUCUCGACGAUCAGCUUCCUUUCUUGUGUCACGUUCUCUCUCAUCGUGUCUCUCUUUCUCUGGCGUCUGCGCAAGCGGUACCACGAGCGCCUCCCCUUCGAAUCCGGUGUUUCCGCGCACCUGUCACGACCUGACAAAGAUGCCUCAGCAUGCACUUCCUCUUCCACGGCUUGUUCUGCUACUUCGUUGCAAGCUACUCGAGUGGUGCACAGCAGCGGCAAUGAGGGUCAAGACACGAAGCAGGGAGAGGACGGAGACGCGGAAGGCGCGGCAAAGAGAGGAACGCAGCUCUCUGAUCCCGCACCCUGCGCUGAUGGCUUGGUUUUCCAGAAGGGAUAUCGGCGAAGCCGCAUCGGCUUUGCCCUUCAUGUUCUCUUGUACACCGUGGUAUCCUCUGUCCUGCUUCUCAUGCUCAGCUUGAUCGCAAUCGAGACCUGUAUACCAGUAGCAAAAAGUGAACUGCACUGGCGUGACAGAGCGGUCAGUUAUAUCGCCCUGUGGAUUUUUGUUUUCUCAAGUCUUUACGGGCUCCAAAUAUUCCACCCUUACUUCCCCUGGUUUUUCCGGCUGCGAUGCUCUCUCUCCGAGGCCACAUCUGUGUCGUUUUCUCGAGAGCCCGGCGCGCAUGCUCCUCCAGGAGAAUCUAAACCAGCGCCUGCAGUGGGGUCGUCGUCUUCGCUAGGGCUGCGCAAGGCAAAGAAUUGGCAACAUGGCGCUAAUGACGAGACUCCAGAACGGUGGCACGACGACGAGACGGAGGCAGACCCCGAGGAAGAUGAUAAGGAAAUUUUGAAGGCGGAAGCCCCAGAUCCCAUCUCUCGCGCAGUUGCCAGAGCCCGCCGGGAGGUAUUCGCCUUCGCGCUUUCAUUUUGCUUCGGGAUACCGCGCCCGGAUCGCUCACGCCGGAACGCCAGUCUAGCGCUGUCGUGUGAGCCAUCCUGCCUUUCGCUUGUGCCCGUACGGCGACUCCAGGUGACGGCAGGAUCGUCUUCUGGCGGUUCGGGUGACGAGCGCAGCGGCGGCACUUCGGUAGAUUCUGGGGCAGGAUCGUCUUCCAGCAACCGUGGCGAGAGGUUUUGCCGUGUGGCGCACUGGGAAGGCCGGAGGUACAUCUACUGCUCCGACGCAGGACGCUUCGUGCUCUCCAAGAGCGAAUUACCGAAGGCAGAGCGGACUGAACACGCGUUUGUACUCCUGGUCAGCCAGGGGGGGCUGCUGGCGUCUGAAGCAGUAAAUCGGUGUCGCCAGUAUGGCGCGAAUGCGGUUCCAGUACACCUGCCACAGCUGAGGGAGGCGCUCAAAGGGGAGUUCCUCGACGUCAUGUUCCUUCUUCAGUUUCUCCUCGUUUGCAACUCCUUCUAUUGGCGGUCCUACCUGGCCUCGUCCGUAUGGGCCCUGCUGGCAGUCUACGGCAUUCUUGUCAGGGUCUGGAUUACACGAAAGAACCAACUCAAGGUCCAACGGCUGGCUGAGCAAGGAGACGCAGCUCCAGUGUCUGUCCUGCGUAGGCCUAGUGAGACACCCUCUUGUGCAAGUCUGCGCAUUCCUGCGAAGGAACUCGUUCCAGGUGACUUGAUCUUGCUCAGGCCGGGUAUGUGUGUUCCGGCGGAUUUAGUCCUCCUUCAAGGCAGCGCUGUCAUCGAUGAGAGCGAGCUGACGGGCGAGACAAAGCCCAUCCAGAAAGUGAUGUGGUUGCACAGCCGAGUCGUACUCCCUGACCGAGCAAGGCAAGAUCCGGAAACGCCGCAGAGGGGCGGUUCUCAUGCAGAUACGGGAAGAGACAAACCCUUUGCCAUCGAUCGUCCAGCCAUGAGAGAGUCUGCUUUGUUUGCCGGGACGCAUGUGGUCUCCGUCGCGGGCUGGAGUGCCUCGAAUAUUCGCUUCCAGCACGAGGUUUCACCAUUGGGCGCACCACAAGAGGGUGAAAAGAUCGACGGCUCAGUGCCCCCGUCAAACUUCUCUCUGUCCUCUGAUCUCCCCUCCGAAUCUCCCCCCUUCUGUUUGGCGGCUGUCGUAAGAACUGGCAGCAGCACCGCCAGGGGCUCGCUGCUGCGCCGGACACUUUUUUCGUCUCUGUUCCUGUUCAAGUACGACGCGCAGCUGCCCGCGGUCUUCCUCAUCAUGCUGUCGUACGCCGCUCUCGUUAUUGGCGUGAUUUUCAAGUUCUCGCCCAAUGCUACUGGAGUCGCCGGCUGGUUCUACGCUAUGGGCACGUUGUCACAGCUGCUUCCGGUGUGGACGCCCGUACUGAUUGCUGGAGCCCAGGCCGCGUCUGCGCAGCGGCUGCACGAGACAAAAAAGAUCCUGACUUUAGCGCCGCAGCGCAUCGCAAUGUGCGGCAAGGUCCGCGUCGUCUGCUUCGACAAGACGGGCACCCUGACGGAGCACGGAAUGCAGUUCGUCGGCGUACUUGCCACCCGCACACCGCGCAGUAGAACGUCUUGCUUGGAUCCGAGGAUUCACACCAUGGAUCAGGAGAAUCCGGUGAGUGGAAGUGCGCAGCCUCCAACCCCACAACCUGCAGAGGCGCCAACAGUUGCUUUCGACGACCACGUUCGGCCAGUCACCGCAGCGGACUGCAGAGACACCGAUCUGCGAGCGCCAUUUAAGGUCCCCCCGCCCAGCUGUUCCUCACCCACAUCGCGUGAAGAUGCAAACUGUCGAGACUCAGACGGCGACAACGCCGAAACGCCGCAAGGUGGAUCCGCUGUUUUAGCGCCACUGCAGAACGACAGCAGUCUUCUGGUUACUGGUCUUGCCACAUGUCAUGGAUUAACCUUGAAGACGCCACUCCUGAUCCAGCAUCCGAUCCAGUUGCGCGUGCUGCUCCGCGAAGCCGGCACGCUGCCUCUUCUGACUCAAAGGCAUGCGUGUGAGGCGUCUUCGCCGCAGCCGCCCCAUCCACACACAGUGACAACGCGAGGCGGCGGCGACUGCGCGAAACGCGGCAACCACGAGGCGGACGAUGUGGACAUCUUUCUUGGCUCCGAUUUGGAGCAACGGAUGGUGCAUGCUACCGGCUGGGCUCUGAUGGAGACUGCUCGUGGAGAAGAGGAAAACAAAGAAUGUCGCCCGUCCGAAGUUGGCAGCACUCGAAGGUGGAUGGUGCCUCCAGACUUCGCGUCCCGCUUCUUGGUUUCGCCUGACUUGUGGGACGCGUCCGCUGGCGACAGGGAAGAUCUCAAGCUCUACUUCGACGCAGGUGCUGUGGAAGUCCUGCGCGUCUUCCACUUCGACUACGUUUUACAACGCAUGAGCGUCCUCGUGAGACGACGCCGGCCGCGGACCGUGCACCUGAAUGCGGACUGCUCCGAGACGUCAGCGAGGCUGGAUGAGACCCUGGUAUUCUGCAAGGGGAGCUACGAGUCAGUUGGCCCCCUGUGCACGUCUGGGCUGCCGCCAGACUUUACUGAGCGCUGCCACACGCUCGCCCGCGCCGGCUUCUACGUCCUUGCUCUCGGUUGCAAGCGGGUCUCACUGGACGCGCCGCAGGCUCGCGCAUGCAACGAGUCUGUUCCUGAAGACGCGCAUGGGCCUGACGACGGGCUGAGCGUGCGCAGGCGCAGGGCGCGCAAAAGACACUCACACCCAGUGCAGACAUCUGGGCAGCAGGAGGAGGAGUUCGUAGAGGCCAAGUCAGCGGGAGAUUGUCUCAGCAGUCCCCGUGAUGCGGCGUUCCUUUCUUCGCCGAGCCACUCCGGGACUUCCACUGUCGGCCUCAAGGCGGCUGGUGAUGUCGCAGCGCGAUCUGCGGCGGAGCUACAGAGGGACUCAGCAGAAAGCAAUCUUCAUUUUUUGGGUUUGAUUCUUUUCCGCAAUGAACUCAAAAGCGACGCGGCAGAAGCUAUCCGGCAGCUGAAGCAAGGUCGCGUAAGACCUGUCAUGAUCACUGGCGACAGUAUCCUCACAGCAUCGUGUGUAGCCAAACUAUGUGGGAUGACCCAAGGUCACCCUCUCUUCGGGUCGGCAGCCCCUCCUCACUGCAACGCCACCUGCGACGUCCGUUGCAGUGGAAAGAGCGCGGGGGACGAGAGCGCCAUUGAGCGAGUGGCGAUGGACAGCCAUGAGGGCAUCCUCGUUCGAAACGCCGCAGACGAGUUGACGCCGGUGCAGCCGUCCCCAUCGCUGCUCAUCGCAGAGUUCAAGACUAUGGAGGACCCGCGCUCGGGGCUCAUAUGGCGUGACGCGGAGCGGCCAGAGCGAAUAUUUGGCGAAGCGGAGGUGUAUCAGUGUGUCGCCAGAGCUGGAGGCUCUUGCGAUUUGGCGGUGACGGAGAGGGUCCUCGAGUACCUUGCGACGACGCCGUUUGAGCCGACAGACGAAUUGGCUCGACUGAGUAGCGCAUCCGCUUCAGAUGGCUGUGACGCUCCACCGUCGUCCGCGUGGCCAGUCCCUUUCUUGAGGAAUGUGCAACGCAGGCUAGGGGACGGUCUCGAGGCUGGUGCGGACGAGAAAGCCGCUCUUUUGGAAGCAGGAAGUCCUGGCGCCUGCGUUCAGCAGCACACGAGAAUUCCGGCGUGUCGUGAUGUUCCCUCAGAGGAGCGGCCAAGCCCCUUGGUCUAUGGCUGGCGCGCAGCUAGGGAAUGGUUGUUCGGGUCCCGUCCGCCGGUUUCGUCAUGCCCGAAAUCCAAAGGAAGUUCUCAACCGCACGAAAGCGAAAACGGUGACGUGACGACGCUUCUAGACGUCCUAUUGAUGCGCAUCAGGAUUUUCGCGAGGAUGUCGCCUUCUGGAAAGCGACGCGUCGUGCUGGCCUUCAUGAGACGAGGCUUCGUCACUUGCAUGUGCGGCGACGGAGGAAACGACUGUGCAGCGCUUCGGGCUGCUCAUGCGGGUCUUGCUUUUUCUAAGCGGUCUGCAUCUGUUCUUGCUCCCUUCACUGCCGCAUCUCUGAGGCCAACUGCUGCGGCAGACCUGUUGAAAGAAGGGCGCUGCAGCUUGGCCACGGCUCUUUCUGCGUACAAGUUCUUGGUGGUGUACGGCGUCUUGCUGUCCUUCGUCAAGGCGAUUCUGCUCACGUUUGGAGGAGGCUCCUGCAUGAGUCAAGCCAUUUACCUCAUUAUGGAUGUCGCCAUCCUUCUCGGCAUGAGCAAGGUCAUGGUCCUCGCCAGGCCCAAGGAGAGCCUACGAAUUCGCUCGCCAACGUCGAAUCUGUUAGGCCCAACUACAAUCGUAUCUGUCUGCGUUAUGCUCCUGGUGAAUCUCCUCUUCAUCGUGGCGCUCUACACACAGCUUCUCGCCGCAGGCCUCGGCGUGGACAUGGCGUACCAGUCUGCGCUGCCUGCUCAGGCGUGGUGGACGAGGAGCGACACGUACGAGGCGGCAAGUUGUGCCAUUUGGCUGUGUAUGCAACUCACCAACACGGCAUUCGUCUUCUCUCUAGGUGGCAUGUUCCGCGAUCGUUUUUACCGCAACGCAGCUCUCGUCGUCUUGACUGCAGUUUUCCAGCUGUUUUUCAUUGUCAUCACUUUCCUGCCGACGUCGAGUCUUUCAUGCGUCAUGCGCAUCAACUGUACCGACGAAGCGUCUCGGGCGCUGCGUCUCCCCAUCCCCGCGUGGAUGGCUCGCCCAGCUGCGGGAAUGCCUGUGCACAACCUGCGCGGGCACAACAUCUUUCCGAUGGCGUGGAAAGUGCAGCUCGUUGGUUUGUCGCUUGCCAACGCCGCAGUCAACAUCUUCAUGGCCAGAUUCCUCUUCUCCGCCGCCUUCCUCAGAUUCCUUAGAACUUACACAAAUUGUCCUGGAGAAUCGGAUCAUCUUCGAAUCUAG